ACCUCUACCUAGUAGACGCUAAAAAAAUUUUAACGUCAAAACAAAUGAGAGGUUAAUAACUUUUGCUGAUUUUUAAAAUAUUUCAAACAGUAUAAAUAAUUGCCAAUAACUAGUGUGCGAUUAAUAAAGUUAAUUUACAAUUAAGAUGUCGAAUAAUUCUUUGAGUCAGGCUCCUAACAUGCCUACUAUAGGAACGAUUAAUCAAGGUGGUAUUCAGUACGUGAACAAUCCGCUCCAGAGUCCUCAGUUGCAAAGUACGUCGUUGCAAGGGUCGCCAUCGCAGCAUAGUCCAAUGGGUACACAGUCGCAGGUUGGCGCCAAAGUAAAUACGAGCGGUGGGGGAGACCAAACAACGCAGCUUUUGAGUCGACCUAGAUUGCAAGAGUUAGUACGUGAAGUAGACCCUACAGUACAACUAGACGAAGAGGUUGAAGAGAUGUUACUUCAAAUAGCUGAUGAUUUUAUUGAUUCAACUUUGAACUCAUCAUGUGCAUUGGCAAAACACAGACAUGCUCCUACUGUCGAGUUAAGGGACGUACAAUUGCACUUAGAAAGACAAUACAAUAUGUGGAUACCAGGUUUCGGUAAUGACGAGUUGCGGCCGUACAAGAGAGCGGCUGUAACUGAGGCACAUAAGCAGCGCAUGGCUCUCAUAAGGAAGACUAUUAAGAAAUACUAAACCUGUUACUAUUUUAGUGUUCACAUCAUUAACCUAGUAACAAAUGGACGUCGGGUUCGCACUAAAAAGUGUCCGCACCUAUAGGGCGUUAAAAUCGCAUACAGAGCGUCAAUCACGCAGCAGU